UUAGGUUGCAUUUCAUUUUUCUUUUGUCAUCUUCUGCCAUCAGUACGGCAACAAGUUGGGCAUUUUCUUAACCGGCAAUAGGAAAGAAAGAAAAUAGAAAAUCGAAGGGGAUUUUCUUCAUGUAAAACCGUUGAGAAUUUCGUAACCAAUUUCUCCUUGUUUUUCAGCACCAAGCUCACCAGUUCGCUUUGUGGCAAUUUAUGCAGAAUUUUUCUUUGAACUGUCUUGGAAACACUUUCGAAUUUUGAAUGCACCCUGUAGCAUCUUGGCAAGUAGUUGAAAUAUUGACGUAUGAAAUUGUUAAAACAAUCGGAUAUUCAGAGCAUUGAAAAGCAAAAGCCAACAGACUGGUUCUCCUUCAUUAUUGAUGAUUGCGUUAGAUUAGUAGUUCCAGUUGGACCUCGAUUCCAGGUUGAUGUGCCAUCAUGGUCUCUUCCACCUUCCAAGACUGGCCUAGCUGUCGGUGAUAGUGAGUCCGACAAUUCAAAGUGGUUAGGCACUCAAAUUUGGCCAGUCAAAGGAAGAAACCGAAAAGUUGAUUUCACUUUGGCUGGAAAAGGGAGACCUGAGACUUGUGAAUGUCCAUUCCAGGGAUCGGUAGAAUGUGUGAGAUGGCACAUCUUUAAUAAAAAAUUCCAGUUACAGAUUGAUCUUGGCCCUGCCUUUUGGAAAUGGAAGUUUGAUAGCAUGGGCGAGGAUGUUUCAAAGCAAUGGAAUUCAGAGGAACAAAAGAAAUUUGAAUCUAUUGUGAAAACAAAUUCAAUGUUACAGGGUAGAAAUUUUAUAAAGUCUGCCUUAGAAUGUUUUCCCUGCCAGACAAGAGAGAGCAUUGUGAGCUACUAUCUAAAUGUAUAUCUUCCAAGGCGAAUCAGGGCUCAGACAAGGUUAGGUGGUUUGAAUGUCGACACAGAUGAUGAUAGUGAGGGAAUACCACCUCUCAAGGGGUCCCGUAAAAGGUUUCAAGCUUACAGUUUAACUUCAACCAAUCCUAAACAUGUAAAGACGACGUAUCUGAGAGCCUGCCGGUGACGUCGCAAUCCUCGCAAGAGAACUUGCUGAAAAACAUUUUGUGGAGAAACUUCUCGGUUGGACUUUUUGCAGCGAAGGGUGGACAUGCGCCAACAGGUUUUUUCCUAAUACAAUUGCUUUGCUUUUCGUCUACAAAAAUUUACUACUUGCCUGUCAAAGUUAGUCUCAUAGAUGUUUCUUCCCAAGUUUAUUUUGGAAAUUUUAUUGAUAUCUCAAAGAUUCAGGUCAGCGUUUGGGCAUCUAUAAGUGGCUCUCCUUAUAAUGCUUACUUCAAGGGUGUUUGCAAACACUUAUUUUUAGCGCUCAUCAACUUAUUCUUGAAAAUAAGUUGAAAAAAGUGUUUUUGUUUUAUAGUUUAUGCUUUUGAACUACUUAAAUUAAGUUGUUUUAAGCCAAAAGUUAUAAGUAAUUUCAUACCAACUUUUGCAAUUUAUUCUUAAAAUUUGAAGUAUUAUAUUAUUUUCUCUAACACUUCAAGUUCAACUUUUUCCUUAUUUUUUUUUAAUUUUUGUUUUGAAACGUUCCUAACUUUUUCUGUUGCUUAACAUUCAAAUUUAUUUAAUACUUGCUCCCCCACAAGAGCGGAAGAGUAGAAGUUAUUGCAAACACUCGUUAAGUGGAAGAUAUUGAGACUCCAAGAUUUUAUGGUUA